UGUAUGAUGUCAAAAUUUACUAUUUACUUCUUCUUGGAUCAUCAUCGUGAAUUUAUUCUUAAAUUUUAAUUAAGUUUUAUGUUUUAUCUGACCUGGCAGUAGGUGUUAUGAAUUAUUGUAUUCUGGUUCUGGUCAUUCAGAUAGAAUUCGGUUAAGUUGGUUGCUCUUAUCUUAUAGAUUAAUAUAUUCAAACUAUGGAAUCCCCAGAAGUACAUAAAAAUGUUUCUUUAUUUCAUAUGGAAUUAAAAGGGAAAGAUGUAAAAGGUUUGAAAGGUGAAAUUAAGGAAGAGAUUGAAGAUUACCAUUUUCAGCCAAAUAUAUUAGACCAUAAAUAUGAUCAGAAACAUACAUCCACAGCAAUGGACAUGAUAGAUGUUAAGAUUGAACCAAAGGAAGAAUCAGACCCAGAUAUGAAUAAAUCAAAAAGAGGCUACAAAUUAAUUCAGGUAGCUCAAAAGUCCAAUGUACUUCACGAUGUUAAUAAUCAAGGUGAACAGCCUGACAUAUACGAUGACUAUUUCGAAACAACUGAAGACAGUGAUCGAAGAAGUUUUGAAAUCGAAGACCAAGAAAGAGCCAAUGCAUCCAUGGAUCAUGAAUUAAGUUUUCAGUUGAAUGAAGAAGAACCAGCAAAUGUCGAAGAUCGAAAACGAAACAAAACAAAAUUUAGCGAUCCCCAACAAUGGAAGUACAACGCUGCAAAAAGAAAACGAGAAUAUGGUUUGGAAUAUACAGGAAGGAAAGGUAAAGAAUUUAACAUAAAAAGGCCAAAGAGAACUUUAAAAAAUAGAUGUAAAUGCUCCAAAAUCGACACAAAAAUCCAGUGCUUUAAAAUAAGUAACGAUGACCGAGAAGAAAUAUUUAAAAACUUUUGGAAAUUAAAAUGGCCAGAGAAACGACUUUAUGUGUCAUCUAGGGUAUUGUCACUACCCACAGCUCGUGUAAGAGACAGAAAAGAAAAGUGCAGUAGCCGGAGAUCUGUUUCCCAUCAAUACUUCCUAAAUAUAAAAUCUGAACAAAUUCGGGUAUGCAAAACUUUGUUUUGCAACACAUUAGGUGUUUCAGACAGCACAGUAACUGCAUGGAUUGGAAAUGAUACACAAAGUCUCUCUAAAAGUGAUGAUAGUUUGAUUGAACAGCCUAACAACUACGAUGUCUUUGAAGAUAGCAGACUACAGAUGUUAGAAGAAUGCCGGUUGACAGAGAAACUUUUCAUUGCUAAAAAUCUAUUUGGCAGCUCUGUUGGGAUUCCAACAAGGUUUGUGAACAUUAUUGAAGGUGAAGAUUUGUUUCAUUUACCAGUAAAUGACUUUAAUCAAGGGGAAACAGUUCAGGAUACAUCUGAGGCUAACGUUAAAACAAAUAAUAUUAAGUAUCAUGAAGGGUUGGAGAAAACAGGACAAGUUAGUGAUAAAGCUAAUAAUGAACUUAAAAGUGAAAAUUUGUUGAAAUUAGAAGAAUCAGACUUUGAAAAUAACAAACAUAAAAACAAUGACUAUUUUGAAGCAACUGAAGACACUGAUCCAAGUUUUGAAGUCGAAGACCAAGAAAGAACCAAUGCUUCCAUUGGUGAUGAAUUGAGUUUUCAAUUGAAGGAAGAAGAACCAGAACAUUUCUUCGCGGAUGAUGAUUUGAAUAACCAAGAAGAUCGAAAACGAAGCAAAAGAAAAUUUAGCGAUCCCCAAAAGUGGAAGUACAACGCUGCAAAAAGAAAACGUGAGUAUGGUUUGGAAUAUACAGGAAGAAAAGGUAAAGAAUUUAACAUAAAAAGGCCAAAGAAAACAUUAAAAGAUAGGUGUAAAUGCUCCAAAAUCGAUACAAAAAUCCAGUGCUUUAAAAUAAGUAACGAAGACCGCGAAGAAAUAUUUAAAAACUUUUGGAAAUUAAAAUGGCCAGAGAAACGACUUUAUGUGUCAUCUAGGAUAUUGUCGUUGCCCACAGCUCGUGUAAGAAACAGAAAAGAAAAGCGCAGUAGCCGAAGAUCUGUUUCCCAUCAAUACUUCCUAAAUGUAAAAUCUGAACAAGUUCGGGUGUGCAAAACUUUGUUUUGUAACACUUUAUGCGUUUCAGACAGAACGGUAACUGCAUGGAUUGAAAGUGAUACACAAAGUCUCUCUAAAAGUGAUGAUAGUUUGAUUGGACAACCUAACAACUAUGAUGUCUUUGAAGAUAGUAGAUUACAGAUGUUAGAAGAAUGUCGAGUGACAGAGAAACUUUUCAUUGCUAAAAAUCUAUUUGGCAGCUCUGUUGGAAUUCCAACAAGGUUUGUGAACAAUAUUAUUGAAAGUGAAGAUUUGGUUCAUUUACCAGUAGUAAAUGACUUUAAUCAAGGGGAAACAGUUCAGGAUGCAUCUGAGGCUAACGUUAAAACAAAUAAUAUUAAGUAUCAUAAAGGGGUGGAACAAAGAGAACGCCUUAGUAAAAAAGCUAAUAAUGAACUUAAAAAUGAAAACUUGUUGGAGUUAGAAGAAUCAGACUUUGAUAAUAACAAACAUAAAAACAAUGAUUAUUUUGAAACAACUGAAGACAGUGAUCCAACUUGUGAAGUCGAAGACCAAGAAAAAGCCAAUGUUUCCAUGGAUCAUGAAUUGGGUUUUGAAUUGAAUGAAGAAGAACCAGAACAUUUCUUCGCGGAUGAUGAUUUGAAUAACCAAAAAUAUCGAAAACGAAGCAAAAGAAAAUUUAGCGAUCCCCAAAAAUGGAAGUACAACGCUGCAAAAAGAAAACGUGAGUAUGGUUUGGAAUAUACAGGAAGAAAAGGUAAAGAAUUUAACAUAAAAAGGCCAAAGAAAACUUUAAAAGAUAGAUGUAAAUGCUCAAAAAUCAACACAAAAAUCCAGUGCUUUAAAGUAAGUAACGAAGACCGAGAAGAAAUAUUUAAAAACUUUUGGAAAUUAAAAUGGCCAGAGAAACGACUUUAUGUGUCAUCUAGGGUAUUGUCACUACCCACAGCUCGUGUAAGAGAUAGAAAAGAAAAGUGCAGUAGCCGAAGAUCUGUUUCCCAUCAAUACUUCCUAAAUGUAAAAUCUGAACAAAUUCGGGUGUGCAAAACUUUGUUUUGCAACACUUUAUGCGUUUCAGACAAAACAGUAACUGCAUGGAUUGAAAGUGAUACACGUAGCCUCGCUAAAAACAAUGACAGUUUGAUUGCACAGCCUGACAACUACGAUGUCUUUGAAGAUAGCAAACUGCAGAUGUUAAAAGAAUGCCGAUUGACAGAGAAACUUUUCAAUGCUAAAAAUACAUUUGACAGCUCUGUUGGGAUUUCAACAAUGUUUGUGAACAAUAUUACUGAAGGUGAAGAUUUGUUUCAUUUACCAGUAAAGUACAUUAAUGAAGAGGAAACAGUUCAGGAUGCAACUGAUGCUAACCUUAAUACAAAUAAUAUUAAGUGUCAUGAAGGGUUGGAAAAAACAGGACAAGUUAGUGAAAAAGCUAAUAAUGAACUUAAAAGUGAAAAUUUGUUGAAAUUAGAAGAAUCAGACUUUGAAAAUAACAAACAUAAAAACAAUAACUAUUUUGAAACAACUGAAGACACUGAUCCAUGUUUUGAAGUCGAAGACCAAGAAAGAGCCAAUGCUUCCAUGGACCAUGAAUUGAGUUUUCAAUUGAAGGAAGAAGAAGCAGAACAUUUCUUCGCGGAUGGUGAUUUGAAUAACCAAAAAUAUCGAAAACGAAGCAAAAGAAAAUUUAGCGAUCCACAAAAAUGGAAGUACAAUACAGCAAAAAGAAAACGUGAAUAUGGUUUGGAAUAUACAGGACGAAAAGGUAAAGAAUUUAACAUAAAAAGGCCAAAGAAAACUUUAAAAGAUAGAUGUAAAUGUUCAAAAAUCAACACAAAAAUCCAGUGCUUUAAAGUAAGUAACGAAGACCGAGAAGAAAUAUUUAAAAACUUUUGGAAAUUAAAAUGGCCAGAGAAACGACUUUAUGUGUCAUCUAGGGUAUUGUCACUACCCACAGCUCGUAUAAGAGACAGAAAAGAAAAAUGGAGUAGCCGAAGAUCUGUUUCCCAUCAAUACUUCCUAAAUGUAAAAUCUGAACAAAUUCGGGUGUGCAAAAUUUUGUUUUGCAACACUUUAAGUGUUUCAGACAAAACAGUAACUGCAUGGAUUGAAAGUGAUACACGUAGCCUCGCUCAAAACAAUGACAGUUUGCUUGCACAGCCUGACAACUACGAUGUCUUUGAAGAUAGCAAACUGACGGAGAAACUUUUCAAUGCUAAAAAUAUAUUUGACAGCUCUGUUGGGAUUUCAACAAUGUUUGUGAACAAUAUUACUGAAGGUGAAGAUUUGUUUCAUUUACCAGUAAAGUACAUUAAUCAAGAGGAAACAGUUCAGGAUGCAACUGAUACAAAUGCUAACCUUAAUACAAAUGAUAUUAAGUGUCAUGAAGGGUUGGAAAAAACAGGACAAGUUAGUGAAAAAGCUAAUAAUGAACUUAAAAGUGAAAAUUUGUUGAAAUUAGAAGACUCAGACUUUGAAAAUAACAAACAUAAAAACAAUGACUAUUUUGAAACAACUGAAGACACUGAUCCAUGUUUUGAAGUCGAAGACCAAGAAAGAGCCAAUGCUUCCAUGGAUAAUGAAUUGAGUUUUCAAUUGAAGGAAGAAGAACCAGAACAUUUCUUCGCGGAUGGUGAUUUGAAUAACCAAAAAUAUCGAAAACGAAGCAAAAGAAAAUUUAGCGAUCCACAAAAAUGGAAGUACAAUGCUGCAAAAAGAAAACGUGAAUAUGGUUUGGAAUAUACAGGACGAAAAGGUAAAGAAUUUAACAUAAAAAGGCCAAAGAGAACUUUAAAAGAUAGAUGUAAAUGCUCCAAAAUCGACACAAAAAUCCAGUGCUUUAAAAUAAGUAACGAAAACCGAGAAGAAAUAUUUAAAAACUUUUGGAAAUUAAAAUGGUCAGAGAAACGACUUUAUGUGUCAUCUAGGGUAUUAUCACUACGCACAGCUCGUGUGAGAGACAGAAAAGAAAAGUGCAGUAGCCGGAGAUCUGUUUCCCAUCAAUACUUCCUAAAUAUAAAAUCUGAACAAAUUCGGGUAUGCAAAACUUUGUUUUGCAACACUUUAGGUGUUUCAGAAAGUACAGUAACUGCAUGGAUUGAAAGUGAUACACAAAGUUUUGUGAAAGCGAUGACAGUUUGAUUGCAAAUCCGAAUAAUAUUUCGAGAAAAAACUUAAGAUUUGCAAUAUCAAAAGAAAAGUUGAAAGCAUUUUUUUAUAAGCUACCUCAGCUCAAAUCUCAUCGUUGCCGAAAAACGACAUCUAAGCUUACCGUGAACCACAUUUUAAAUUAAAAUCCGAACAUAUAUAGAAUUUAUAGAAACAAUUGGUGUAUCAAAAACGAGAUAAGUGCUUAAUAAGUGUAAGGACAUUUUAUGAAGAUUUUGAAGAACUUAACUUGGCACUAUAUUCUCCGGGAAAAGGCGAAUGUGACAUAUACACGGGAUACAAAACACAAAAUGUAGACGAGCAUGUGUAAGAGCAAGAGCUGAUUUAUUCGGAGCAGGAUGAGUGUUGGAAAGGAAGAAAUGGUGUGAAAUGGAGUCGGAAUUUCGCUCGAACCAACUUUCGCACAAGAUCAGAGAAUAUAAUUACCCAUCUUCCAGGUGUUAAGCCAUAUGCUAAAGAUGCUAAAAGUGAAGUGGAAUUUUGGUCUUUAUUUUUCAUUGAUACCAUGUUGAAUGAAGUAAUGGUUCACACCAACGCUCGUAUCAGAUUACGCCAAGACGAAUGCUCUGAUCUUACUUUGCAACAUAGCAUAGGAAACGACUAUAGCAGAACUAAAAGCCUUCAUUGGUCUGCUAUUCAUAGCCGGUCUCAAUCAUUCUAGCCGACAAAUCAUGGAAGAUCUAUAGAGAAUGGACAGCACUGGUGUAGAAAUAUUCACACUUAACAAUGAAUAUGAAGAGACUCUACUUCGUUCAAAACUGCUUGAGAUUUGAUGACAUGACAACCCGUGAGCAAAGGUAAACUAUCAACAACCUGGCUUCUAUCUGAGUUAUAUUUGAUAAAUUUAUAUACAAUGGUCAAAAAGCCUUUACACCUAGCGAGUAUUUAAGUAUCGAUGAAAAAUUGGAAUCAUUUAGUCAUAUUCCUAAAAAACCAUCAACAUAUGGAAUUAAAAUAUAUGCACUGGUAGACGCCAAAAUGUUUUUUCUAGUACAUUUAAAAAUUUACGGUGGAAAUUAACCAGAAGGCCAGUAUGCAGUCAGCAACAAAGCAUUUGAUCUCAUCAACCGUCUGGUAAAGGCUGUAUCUAAGUCGAAGAGAAAUAUCACCUUUGAUAGCUGGUUUAAUAGUUAUCCUCUGAUGCUUCACUUGCUAAACGAACACCAGCUAACUUCUACUGGAACAGUACGUAAAAAUAAAAGAGAAAUUCCACAAUGUUUUACUCAAGGAAAGAAGAUAGACGUGUCAUCAUCGCUUUUUGGAUUUCAGAAAGAUGUAUCACUUGUAUCAUAUGUACCAAAGAAGUCGAAAGUGGUUCUAGCAAUGUCAACACUUCAUCACGACAACGAAAUUGACCGUUCUACAUUGGAAAAGAAAAAAUCAGAGAUUAUCACCUUCUACAAAAGCAUCAAAGCUGAUGAUGCACUAUGUGCUACUUAUGAUGUUUCGAUAAAUACAAAAAGAUGGCCUAUGGUGGUGUUCUAUGCCAUGUUAAAUAUCUACCAUCAAUGGGAUCAUUAGCUAUCGCGCAAAUAACACAAAUAGAAGAACGUUCAUCAGACAACUUAGACUGAAUUUGAUAAAUAAACAUAUCUGUGAAAGAAAGAACAAUGUGAAGCUGCCUAGAGACUUGCGCAAAAGAAUAAACGAGCACCUCUGAGAACCACCACCUAAGACGCCAAGGUACUCUAGGUGUCAGGAUUGCACAUCAAACAAAGACAGGAAAACGAAACGUACCUGUCUAUGUUGUAACAAGGCAAUCUGCAUGGAGCACUCUAAAAUUAGCUACCAUGAUUGUGCAGAUGUUAAGUUAAGCUAAAUGUAUGCAUUUUAUUUUAAGUUAUGCCUAGUUUCUGAAAUAAUUCUCUUCUCCAUUUAUUAUUAAUAUUUCUCUUAACAAGAAUAUUUUUGAUAAGAAGUUUCUUGUAUCCAGUACUAUUAUAAAAUAUAAUAAUAUCAUAUGUUUUACAACUGUCUGUGAUUUAUAUAAGUGAUUAAUAAAUAAUUAACGAAAA